AUGGACAAAGUGCAGGCGUUUGGAAAGAACCUUAGUGCGAGCUUUUCGCCUUUCGCUGCGCGCACGCAGCAGAUGAUCAAAGAGCAGUUGGGUCAAGCCGAAGAUAAGACUCAACUUCCCGAUGAAUACCUUGAGCUUGAGAAGCGCGUGGACGCUCUUAAGUUGGUCCACCAGAAGCUCCUUCAGGUGACCUCGCAGUACUCUAACGAGGCCUACGACUACCCACCCAACAUUCGCGAGUCAUUCAACGACCUAGGCCGGACCAUCGGUGAAAAGGUUCAGCUUCUCUCUCAAGCUUCUUCCCCUGCAGAGGCCCAGGCUGCCCUGACUGCCCCUCCUUCGGCCAAGCCUCAGCCUAAGACCUUCAACCAUGCCAUUGCCCGUGCCUCUCUGUCCGGAUCUCAGACUCUGGCGCAGAGCUCCACCGGCGAGGAUCCUCUGGCCACUGCCCUGGAGAAGUAUGCGCUAGCCUCGGAGAAAGUAGGUGAGGCCCGUCUGUCGCAGGAUGGACAGAUCCAGUCGCGCUUCCUCGCUGGGUGGAACACGACCCUCAAUACCAACCUGCUGUUUGCGGCCAAGGCGCGCAGAAAUGUCGAGAAUGCCCGUCUUAUGCUGGACUCGGUCAAGGCUAGCAAGAAGGCGGCCGCUAGGGGUGAUCUGGACAACCUGAGCGAGGAGGCCCGUCAGGAGAUCGAACAGGCCGAAGAUGAGUUCGUCAGCCAGACCGAGGAGGCUGUGAGCGUCAUGAAGAAUGUUCUGGACACCCCUGAGCCUUUGAGAAACCUGGCGGACUUGAUCGCCGCCCAGCUUGAGUUCCACAAGCGGGCUUAUGAAAUCCUCAGCGAGCUGGCUCCUGUGGUUGAUGGUUUGCAAGUUGAACAAGAGGCUAGCUACCGCAAGAGCCGUGAGGGAGCUUAA